AUGAAUUUUAACCUGAAUCGAAUAGGAGAUUAUGAAUAGAGAAAGAUUAUUGGUGCAAGCAAUUAUAAUUUAAUUGAGUUUUAAGACACAAUGAAUUCCUAGAAAUUUUAUAUCAUUCAUGGAAAACUUUUAGAUGAAUAAAUUAAUAAUAAAUUAUUCGACAUAAUUAAAAGGAAUGAAUGCUUUAACUUGAUUUAAAUUAUUGGCAACUAUAAAGAUAACGAAAAUAAUUAAUAUAUAUAGAUUGACAAAUGCGAUUUUUCCUUAUAUUAAUAUAUGGAAGAUAGAAAACUUUAUAAAUUUACAGCUGAUGAAAUUUACGAUCUAUUAAGUUAAAUAAUAAAUGGGUAUAUGUACAUAUCAAAAAAAUUUGAAACGCGAUUUUAUGAAUUAAAUCCGAAUAAGAUUCUAGUAAGGAGAUUAAAAAACUAAAAAAUACUUAUAAAAAUAUUUUUUAAUUUCUUGGGUUCUAAUUUUUAACGUUCAAAAAUGCCCACGGUAUUUACGCAUUAUAAGAGUCCAGAAGAAAUAAAUAACUUUGCAUAAGCAUCAGAUUAAAGUGAUAUUUAUUUGGUAAAUAAUUGAUUAAAUUUUAGCUUGGAAUAAUAUUAUAUUAGCUAUGCUAUGAGAUGUAAAAACCAACUGAAGGAAUAAAUAGUAUGGUAGAUCUUAUUAAAUUUUAAUAAAAUUUACUUUAAUCUAAAUAAUUUUAAGAUAAAUUAAAUUAAUAAGAUGGUGUUGAUUAAGUUUUAAAGAACUUGAUCGGUAGAAUGAUGUAAUUUAACUAAAAGGAUCGAAUUACAUGGAAAGAAUUAUCAAACCAUAAUAAAUUAUAAUAAAGCUUUAUCUUAUUAAAAAAUAAAUAUUAUAUAGACAAGAAUAAAUAACUUGGAAAAGGUGCACAGGGAGUUACAUUUUAAGUUGAAGAUUUAGAAACAGAUGAGUAAUUGUGUGCUAAACAAAUUGACAUCACUUAAACCGAAGGGCAAAGAGAGAUGGAGAUUUAUUAAAAAAUAAUGAAAUAAAAAACUCAUUAAAAUAUAAUAAAAACUUUUGAUAUAAUAAAAACUGAUGAUAACUUAAAGACUUAUAUUAUUAUGGAGAAGUGUGAUUAAAAUAUUGAAGAAUAUUUUUAAGGUAGGGGAUAAAAUUUAACUGAUGCAGAAAUAUUUGAUAUGUUGACAUAAAUUGUUAAUGGAUAUAAAUUUUUAAAAGAUUUAAAAAUUAUACAUAGAGAUUUAAAACCUUAAAACAUUCUUGUGAAAUAUGAAAAUGAAAAUCCAAUUUUUAAAGUACUAUGUUAAUUAAGUCCUAGAUUAUUGAUUUUGGUGUUGGAAAAAUCAUUGAUAAAUAAUAGGCAUUCACUGUUGCAGGAACACCAAUAUUUUCAGCCCCAGAAGUUAUUGAUGGAAACACAUAUGAUUAUUCAUGUGAUAUUUUUUCUGUAUUUUAUUCUUUUUUUAUUUAGCUUGGAACCAUGCUGUUUUAUCUUAUUUAUGGAUACUUUUAUAUAAGUGCUUCAUCUAUUGAAGAUUUAAAAAAAUAACAAAAAUUAUUUUAGAAUCAACCUUUUAAAUGUCCAUAAAAAAAUUUUUCAAAGGUUAUUAAUUCUACUUUUACUUCAUUAAUUGAAAGAAUGUUAAUUUAUGAUCCCAGAAUGAGAAUAAAGUGGGAAGAUUUACUUGAUGAAUUAUAAGCUUAAUAAAAAAUUUAAAAAAUUAAUACAAACUAAUACAAUUAGAAUUAACAUCCAAGAAUUUAAAACUAAUAAUCAAUUUAAUAAGUUAAAAAUUACAAUAAUGAUGCUUAGAAAUAUAAUUAAUAAUAAGCUUAUCAAUAAGUACCCUAAAAUCUAAAUUAAAAGAUAAUUUAAUAGAGUAAUCAAAUGAAUAAUCAGCAUGAAAACUAUUUCAAUUAUAAUAUACAGAACAAUUAUGAAUAUCAGAAUAAUAGAAAUAUCCCUUCAUAGCCAAAUAGUAAUAUAUAAUAAUAUCCUUCUCAAAAUUCAUAAAACAACAAUAAUUAAUAAUUUUAUAACCCAAGUAUUUAAUCAAAGUAAAAUGCACAUAUAAGAGUUUUGCCAUAAUUAUAUGGAGUUACACCUUAAGCAAGUGGUGAUGUUUAAAAUUUUUAAUAAUUUAAUCAUUAAAAUCAAUAAUAGAUAAAUAAUAAUUAGAACUCAAAAGGGUAAAUUAUUAAUGAAAAUAAUUUUAAUAGGGGGAUAAUACAGUAGAGUAAUUAAAAUUAAUUCUAAUACUCAAACCAAUAAGUAUAGCCAUCAUAAUCAUAAUAACCAGUUAGAUAAUAACCAUAUCAAUAACCAUAUCAAUAACCAUAUCAAUAACCAUCAUAUCCAUAGGAUUAUAAUUAAUAAUAGUAUUUAUUACGGGAAAAUUAACAUUAAUAAUAAAAUAGAUAAAAUAUUAAUCCAUAAAAUAACUUUUAAUAAUUUUUGGAUGAGCACUAACAUAAUUAAAUAAUCAUUUAAGAUAGUCAAUAAGAUUUUCCAAAUUCUCCAAGAGAUAGGGAUUAUGAUUAUCAAAAAAUGUUAAAUAUGAUAGAAUAAAAUAAUGAUAAGAUGAAUGCUAUUUUGUAUAUAUCAUGCUUCCUUGUUACAAUAUAAAAUUCUAUUGAAAAGUUGGCAGAUGCUAAUGAAUCAGACACUAAGAUUAUUUUAGAAUAUUAUAUUAGAAAGUGUUAAAGCUCAUGUUUAGAUGACUUAAUAAUUUUAAAAUAAAAGGACUAUUUAUUCUUGGGUGGAUAAUUAUUACAAGCAAAUUAAAAUAGUCUAUUGGAUUAAAUUACCGAAGAAGAUUUAGAAUAUUAAAAACAAAAGAUUAAUACGAGAAUUGAAUAAAUUUCAACUUAAGUACGAAACUAAGUAAAAAAUGAAAAACAUAGAAGAUCUUUUUUCUAUUUAAAUAAUAAGCUAUCAACAAAAUAAUAGUUACAAUAAAUAACUUGUUAUGAUACAAUAAUUUGUUUUUAAGAAAUUUUCCAAUUUUUAUAAGGCCAACCAGAUAUGUAGAUAAUUUCUAAAGAGAUUUAGGCAUCUUUACAAAGUAUAUCUGAUUUUUUUUUUAAAUUUCCUUUUUAAUAACUAGACCAAUUAAAGAAGAAUGAUAUGAUUAAUUUUAAAUGA